GUUUAGCUCCUGCCCUCUACCCCACCCACCUCGUAAAAUAGGAACCUGCCGUAACCCGUCUUGGUAAUAUGAAUGCGCGACAGACCAUAGAGAAGCUCUACUAGCAAACAGGCUAUUUGCCGAGCUUCAUCACUAGGAGAACAUAAAACGGCAGGUUGGAUUAAACUGUAGUUAACGUUAGCUGUCACGGCUGUGUUAGCUCGCAGCUGCUUUCACGAGUGAAGCUGGUUUUAGCUCGCCGCGUUAGCUCGUUUGCUAACUUUAACAUAAACCCGGAUAGGCAUUCUUCCACAGCUGGUGAGCUUUCGCAAGACCGGUCCGGCAAGCAAGUCUGUUAGAAUAUAACACCUUUUUAUUCUUUUCGCCAUGGGAUCCAGAGCAUCCACAUUACUCCGAGAAGAGGAAAUCGAAGAAAUUAAGAAGGAGACUGGCUUCUCCCACAGUCAGAUCACCCGCUUGUACAGCCGCUUCACCAGUCUGGAUAAAGGAGAAAACGGCACCCUCAGCCGAGAAGAUUUCCAGAGAAUCCCGGAGUUGGCCAUCAAUCCGCUGGGAGACAGAAUCAUCAAUGCGUUCUUUCCCGAGGGGGAGGACCAGGUCAACUUCAGGGGCUUCAUGCGGACCUUAGCUCACUUCAGACCAAUCGAGGACAAUGAAAAGAGCAAGAACGCCGCUGUCAGCGAGCCGCUCAACAGCAGGACAAACAAGCUGCUUUUUGCUUUCCGCCUGUAUGACCUGGACAGAGAUGACAAAAUCUCUCGGGAUGAGUUGCUGCAGGUGUUACGGAUGAUGGUUGGUGUAAACAUUUCAGAUGAACAGCUUGGCAGCAUUGCUGACAGGACCAUACAGGAGGCUGACACGAAUGGAGAUAACUCCAUUUCCUUCAAUGAAUUCAUCAAGGUCUUGGAGAAGGUGGACGUAGAACAGAAAAUGAGCAUCCGGUUCCUACACUAAAUUGCUAUUUUCUUUUUUUUUUUUUUUGGGUGGUGAUUCAACAUGUCAGUUGAUAUCAGAACACACCCUCAUCUCAUCUUCUCAGCAGGCGGCCCUGGCCCACGCUACGAGUGCCCGCUGUCAGACCAAGCAUUAGGUAGAGAAUGUCAUAGAUCUUGAGUUUCUGCCUCUGCACUGCUCUGUAAACAAAGGGAGAAGUUCGGUGCCUUGGGUUGUUUUCUGCAAUGUCACUAUGAUUUUUUAUUUCCCACCCUAAGUAAUGGAACAUUAUUUAUUAGAACACUUUUAGAGGGUCACGGUUAGUACUACUGCUGUUCAACUUUUCACG